GUUCCGAUUAAUUCAGCUGAAAUGACUAGUCCUGAAAAGAGUGAGAAGCGCACCGACUACCUGAGUUGGGACGAAUAUUUCAUGUCCGUCGCGUUACUGUCCGCCAUGCGCAGCAAAGACCCAGCAACACAAGUAGGCGCGUGCAUCACCAAUCAAGAGAAAAAGAUUGUGGGCAUCGGAUAUAACGGCAUGCCAAUUGGGCUUUCAGAUGACGAAAUGCCUUGGGGGAAAACAUCUGAAAACCAAUUGGAAAAUAAGUACUUUUACGUCUGCCACGCUGAAUUAAAUGCUGUACUUAACCGAAACCAUGCGACAUCUUCCGGAUGCACCCUGUAUGCAAGUAUGUUUCCGUGCAACGAAUGUGCCAAAGUAUUGAUACAAGCCGGUAUAAAAGAAGUGGUCUAUUUUGCCGACAAGAAAAAAGGCACUCCAGCGAACGAAGCCUCCAAGCAUAUGCUGAAAAAGGCCGGCGUUGUUGAUCCGAAAUACCCGGAGAAGUAUGUCCUGCUUUCAAAAGCAGUCCACCGUUAG